GGGCACCGCAGCCAGAACAUGGUACGGAGGACGUAGCCCGGCGGUGCUAUGGGCAGGCGCGAAUUUGGACCAUGCGGUUUGCAGAGUUGUUAGGGCCAGCAUUCAAGACAAUUGCUAGUGGGCAGCCCGCAAGAAGUUUGCUCAAACUUCCUGGCUUCUCGAAGUUGCGCACGACGCCAUGGCCAACAGUCAAACUCCGUACGCUUUUCGUGUCGAAUCUCCACCUAGAAGCAUAGAUUGCGUCAAUUCAAGCAGCAGCUUGUCUUCAGCAGUGGCAUUGCGAGGCAGAAGCUUUUCAGCUGAGAGAUUCGCAACAUUUCAAAGUGGCCCCCCUGUUGACCGCGGCGGUUGGCAUCCUUUUGUAUUCUUGGGUGUUGCGCUUCUUCUUUCGGCUUCUAUGAGUGGGGGCUUGAUUUUUGGGUCUUCCCCCUUUGAAGAAGCCCUACUUCGGGAUUGUGGGUAUGGAAUUGAAGAUGCGACGGCAGUUUGGGGGCGAGGGUUCCAAGUGUUUGUGGUGGGAACAGCUAUUUCUUCACCAUUUUUGGAUUACAUGGGGCCACGUUGGUUUGCUUCGUUGGGGCUUUGUGUGGAGUGCUUCGGCCACCACAUUCUAGCCGGCACUGCAUCAUAUUCUCGGGAGAGAGGAAGAAAGUUUGUCCCCUUCGGCUAUGGCAUGGUUGGCAUUGGGGGCAAUAUGCUGAUGUUGGCCUCCGUUCAGUUCAGCCAGUUGUUUGACAAUAGUUGCACAGUUGCGGCCAUUCUGAGUGGGGCAUAUCAAUUUGCAGGAUUCAUUUUUACAAUAUUAGCUGCUCCGUCUGUGGAUUUCAGGGCCUUUUUCGAGGUGUAUCAGUUCAUCACAUUGGCAGGGCUUUGCUUGACAUUGCUGUGCUACCCAGAUGAACCCUACGGCCCCCAACGGCUUGGUCGCUGUACCUGGCCCAGCUUGCCCAAGUGCUGCAAAGAUUCCAGCGCCAGAACUGGCAGAGCCAUCGGCUUGCAAUGUUGCAGCCAUCUUGGAAAAUUGCGAACGUGGUUGUUUUUGCUGUCAUUUGCUUGGGGGGCCACGUCCGGCGGUUGGUGCACUGGUGCCUUCCUCGGAGAGGUGAGCAAGAAGGCGGAAGCAGAAGCACAGAGCCCUGUGGCCACAAAGCCUUUGGUUGCGUGGAUGCCAUUCUUAUCAAAUGCAACGUUCUUUUUUACACCAGGCAUUGGGGCGCUAAUAGAUUCCUGGGGCUUUGUGCCUGCUAUCCACUUGCUUUGCGUGGCAGUUCUGGCAUCAGUUCUGUCACUGGUGCUUUUACCUCUAGCUUGGCAAUGGUUGACACUACUGUCACUCAACUGGCUGCAAGCCGUCACAUACACGCUCCAAUUCACAUACAUUGCUCGCAAAUAUGCACCAGAUCAGUUCGGAACGGUGAUGGCCUUGAGCACCUUGGUGCAGAGUGCCGUGAAUCUAGUUGGGCUGUACUUGCUGACCUCACGGCCUCUCGUUGCAGCCACAAUACUGAUUUUCCCAUGCAUUUGUUUGUGCCAGUUGUGGCAUUGGAAAGAGAGAAGGGAACAAACAGAGAGAAGGGCUAUGACCACCAUGUCAAGGGAUGAGUCAGCGUUGUAAAAGAGGCACACUUACUGUAGCUGCUUGGUUGGAAUCAAUCACAUUUGGAGAUUAGAAUAGAAUAUAUACAUGAAGCAAGAUUUGCUGCUGUCACGUUCUGAUUCCGUGGGCAGAGCAUCGAGCAUUCAUGAAGUUAGUAC